CUGUAGCCUGACAGGAAGUGGGGCGUCACCGAAAGGGAGGGGAGCCUCCGGGGACGGUCCCCUGCUUCAGGCUCUCACUUUGCGGGCAGCGAUUUUUCCAGGGGAUCAAGACGGGGAGUGGAUGGAGCAGGGUGCAUGCAUGCUGCUGCGUUUUUUAGGGGGAAAAAAACCAGCAAGCGAGACGCCCCUUCCGUUUUCUGAUAACCAAACGGCUGGCUCCACUGCAAUCCUCUGCACUUGAGUGACCAGAGAACCUGUUCCUAUCAGUUACUGAAGCCAUAAGGAAAUGUUUUAUAAAUAUUAAACCUUUUCCAUAAUGAGGUGUUGCCACAUCUGCAAACUUCCAGGAAGAGUGAUGGGGAUUCGAGUGCUUCGUUUCUCUUUGGUGGUCAUCCUUGUGUUAUUACUGGUAGCUGGGGCUUUGACCACCUUGCUUCCUACGAUCAAAGAAGACAAGAUGCUCACUUUACGUAGGGAAAUAAAAUCCCAGGGCAAGUCCGCCCUGGAUUCCUUUACUCUCAUCAUGCAGACUUAUAACAGAACAGAUCUCUUGUUGAGACUUUUAAAUCAUUAUCAGGCAGUACCACAUUUGCACAAAGUGAUUGUGGUAUGGAACAAUAUUGGGGAGAAGGGACCAGAUGAAUUAUGGAAUUCUCUAGGUCCUCACCCCAUCCCUGUAGUCUUCAAAGUACAGACAACAAACAGGAUGAGAAAUCGACUUCAGGUCUUUCCUGAACUGGAAACCAAUGUGUUAAUGGUAGAUGAUGACACACUAAUUAGUGCCCAAGACCUUGAUUUUGCAUUCUCAGUUUGGCAGCAAUUUCCUGAUCAAAUUGUAGGAUUUGUUCCUAGAAAGCAUGUUUCUACUUCAUCUGGUAUCUACAGUUAUGGAGGAUUUGAACUGCAAACACCAGAGGUUGGGAAUGGUGACCGUUACUCUAUGGUGCUGAUCGGAGCUUCAUUCUUCAACAGCAAAUACCUUGAACUCUUUCAGAAGCAACCCGCUGCCGUCCACGCUUUGAUAGAUGAAACGCAAAACUGUGAUGACAUAGCCAUGAAUUUUAUCAUUGCCAAGCACAUUGGAAAGACCUCUGGGAUAUUUGUGAAACCCGUAAACAUGGGUAAUUUAGAAAAAGAAACCAAUGGUGGCUAUUCUGGAAUGUGGCACCGAGCCGAGCACUUUCUGCAGAGGUCUUAUUGUAUAAACAAGCUUGUUAAUAUUUAUGACAGCAUGCCUUUAAAAUACUCCAACAUUAUGAUUUCCCAGUUUGGUUUUCCAUAUGCCAACCACAAAAGCAAAAUGUGAAAGUAAAAUAAGCCAACAAAAACGAACCUCAAAACUGCUUAGUCUCUGAGUAUCUCUCCAUGCAAUGGCUUUUUGAUUUGUUUUUUGAAGCAACAUCAUGAACUUUUGUGUUCUUCAGAAGACUCAGCAAUGAAAAAAUAUGCAUAGCACUUUUAGGACAUAAAAUUCUCAUGAAUUUCAAAAACCAAGACACUGGUAUUGUGAGGAGUUUUCAUCCACAGAUCUAACUCCUUGAUCAGCUAUUUUAUUGUUUACAUUCUGAGACUGUUCUGCAAUUUCUUUGACUCUUGGCAUUUGCCUUAAGGACAUAGAGCAAACUGUUUCCCGGAUAACGAACUCCAGAGAAGCAGUUCUCAGCUUUCUCAUGAAAGGAUGAUUUUAUUUAAAACCUGAAAUGCCUGUGGUGUCCGGAAACACCAUGUGAGGAGGGAAUAGUCUCAAUUUCAUAUAAGAACACGUGUAAAAUUCGUGGCUACCACUGCUUCCCUGUGGUCCUUCCAGCCAAGCCCUUUCUGGAACUAAUUUAGCCCGGGAUGGUCUUGAUGCAGCCAUCAGUGCUUUUAAUUUUGUUGAUAAGUCUGUAGUGACUGGGAGGAUUAAUUUUAGCUGAAGGAAAUCUAGUUGUUUGCUUGAAUUUUGUGAACACGUACUGCAUGGAUCUGAAAAAAGUGCCGCCUGUUUCUUACAUGAACUUAUAUGCAGCAAGCAGUAAAUAUAUUACUAGAUCCAGGUAGUGCAUUUUGUCACUAAAACUGACCUUGAGAUUGUACAUUAAUUCUUAUAUUUUACAUAAAGUACAUGUUGUUUUAAGAAAUGUAUAAAGUAACUCUUCUGAAAGAAUGAUUAAGUAGAAACUGGAAGAAAUUAAAACUCUAAAUGUCAAAAGAUCUUUAUUGUUAGAACAUAGAUUAUCUCACAGAUACUAAAGAGUUGUCUGUGUCACACAAAGUCAUUCUCUUUUCUCAAAAAUCUAAGACACUAUUUGUCAUGAUGAAUUUUGAUUACACAAAUACAGGGGAAAAAACUAAGAAACUCUAGUUCUGCACCUAGAAUUUAAAUUGUCCACUCUGUCUUGUGAAUUAGUAUCAGUGUCCACACGGUAUCUGUUCGGUCCUUGCUUUUGCUGAUGGCAAGGAUCAGACAUCUGUUUUCUUACCCUUCUCCUAUCCUUCCCGUAAUGCUAUUAUAUUUUCACAAUUGCAAAGUUGUGAAAACAUUAAACUGAUCAUCUCGUGUUGCACCAAUGGGAUCAUGCAAUUAGAUCCUUACAUGUUUUUUUCUUUACAUUGGUGUGUAUGUAUAUGUCUAUGCUGUCAGAUAAAACCAAUAAAACUUGAAACCACAGAAUGAUCUAUGAUGUUAAUUAUCUGCUUUGUCCAACCUCACUAGUGAUUUUUUGUCUCUUAGGAGUCCGCUGGCCGAUGAAUAAAAUGAACUUACCGUGCAGGUAUUCUGCUAAUUAAACAAA